UUCUCUCUCUUGGGGGUGUUUUUUGCGGGAGAUAUAUCAGUGCCAAGCCUCCAUAUUUUUUUAUUAUUAUUACUCUUUCAUCAUCUCUCUUUCCAGAAGGCAAUUUGCAGAACGUCUACUGCAAAGAGCAAGAAAGAGAGAGAAAAGGAGAGAGAGAGAGAGGAGAUGAGAGUUAGAGACAACGCGGAGAGAAAGAAAACAAUUUUGAAGAAGCUUUCAACCCACAGAAGAGAAAACGAUGUCUGAGAGCUUUGCACCCUUUCACGACCUGCAACUCUAAGAGUGUUAAGAGAAGGAAGUGGGAGUCACAAGGCGGAAGAAAGAGACGACGAUGAUGAAGAAGAUACUGAUAUGGGAAUAGCAACACCGCCUCUUCCACCUGUUUUCUCUCACUCAAAGGUCCACAACCCAAUUCCAAUCGCCCACAAGUCCAAUUUUGCAAAUUCUAUGUCCCAAGACUUCCACCAAGGUAUCUUCAGUUUCUCGAAUGGGUUCGAGAGAUCGGCGGUGACACACCAAGAACAGCAGCAGCAACAGCAGCACAUAACACAGCAGAUCCGGAGGGAUAAGCUGAGGGUGCAAGGGUUCGAACCGCCACCGCCAUUAGUGGCCAUAGAAGAAGAAGAAUCUGGUGGGCUUCCCGUGUACGAGACAGCUGGGAUGUUGUCUGAAAUGUUCAAUUUUGGUCCUGGAGCCACCACGGCCGCGGAACUGUUGGAGCAUCAGCUGCCAUCGAAUUAUCGGAACCCGCGGCCAGCAACGGCGGUAACGGGGGUGAGUAACUCGGAAUGGUAUGGGAGCAGACAAGGGAUGGUGGGAGGUUUGGGACCGUUGGGUGAUUCAAAGAAUCAAAACGUAAAUAACCGUGACAGUCUAGCUCAGCAUCAUCAUCAGAUUUCAAGCAUUAAUGCGGACUCAGCUGCUGCCAUGCAGCUUUUCCUCAUGAAUCCGCAACCCAGAUCACCUUCUCCACCUCCACAACCCCAUCCUCAUCCCCAUCCUCCUGCAACCUCUUCUACACUUCAUAUGCUGCUUCCAAACCAAUCCACUUCCCUCCAAGGCUUUGCUACUGCUUCUGCACCAGGAGGGGGGGCUUUUGGUGCUAGUGUAAUACCUACAUCCCAAUUCACAUGGGUUCCUGAUAGCGGUCAUGAAAGCGGUAACAACCCUAGUGAAAUUGGAGGAAUUGUAGAAGGCCAAGGCCUUUCCUUGUCCCUAUCCUCUUCAUUGCAACAUUUGGAAGCAGCUAAAGCCGAGGAAUUGAGGAUGGGAGACAGCGGCAUGCUAUUCUACGGCCAAGGAGGGGGUUCUUCUUCGGCUCAAUAUCCGUAUAAGAGCUUGGGCGGUCAUCAACAGCCAUUGCAUUUGCAAGGGGGAGUGGGUCACAACCACCAAGUUCAUGUCGGGUUUGGAUCUUCAUUGGGAGCGGUGAAUGUUAUGAGGAAUUCCAAGUAUGUGAAGGCUGCCCAAGAAUUAUUGGAAGAAUUUUGCAGUGUUGGGAGGGGUCAGUUCAAGAAGAACAAGUUUGGGAGACACAACACCAACCCUAAUUCUAAUCCAGGUGGCGGCAGUGCUGGUGGAGGCGGCUCUUCAUCCUCGUCAAAAGAUCUUCCUCCUUUGUCAGCUGCUGAUAGAAUUGAGCAUCAGAGAAGAAAGGUCAAACUAUUAUCCAUGCUUGAUGAGGUGGAUCGAAGAUACAAUCACUACUGUGAACAAAUGCAAAUGGUGGUGAACUCGUUUGAUUUGGUGAUGGGGUUCGGAGCGGCAGUUCCAUACACGGCACUAGCGCAGAAGGCCAUGUCCAGGCACUUCCGGUGUUUGAAGGAUGCAAUUGCAGUACAACUGAAGCACAGCUGCGAGCUGCUUGGAGAAAAAGACCCCUCGGGGACUUCAGGAGUGACCAAAGGAGAGACACCGAGGCUGAGGCUGUUGGAGCAAAGCCUCAGACAGCAAAGAGCCUUCCAUCAAAUGGGAAUGAUGGAACAAGAAGCUUGGAGACCCCAAAGAGGCUUGCCUGAACGUUCUGUCAACAUUUUGAGAUCCUGGCUUUUUGAGCACUUCCUUCAUCCGUACCCAAGCGAUGCAGAUAAGCAUCUGUUGGCACGACAGACUGGUUUAUCGAGAAAUCAGGUCUCGAACUGGUUCAUUAAUGCCAGGGUCCGGUUGUGGAAACCCAUGGUGGAGGAAAUGUACCAGCAGGAGACGAAAGAAGAAGAGGGAUCAGAAGAGAGAGAAGUGAAUCAGCUGCAAAGUAGUGGGCUAGCACAGACACCAACACCUUCGACAGGUGCAGGAGGUGCAGGUGCAGCCACAGCAUCAACAACACCAACAACAACAACUACAGCAACGGGCAAAAGAUCCGAAAUCAAUGCAGCCGAUGGCGACCCUUCACUCAUCGCAAUCAAUAGACAAUGCUUCUCGGAAAACCAAGCAAAACAAGCCACCUCCACUAUCCCCACCACCACCACCACUACCUCCACCUCCGCUGACGUGUCACCACCUCCACCCGUAUCCCAAUGUUUUCCGACCACCCAUGACUCUGACCUGCACCAUCGACUCCCUGUUGAUGACACCUGUCGCCGCGGAAGCCUUGUUUCUUCUGAUUUCGGGACCACCUCUACUAACCCUGACAUUGGGUCAACACUCAUAAGGUUCGGGACCACCGCCGGUGAUGUCUCCCUCACUCUCGGCCUCCGCCACGCCGGCAACCUCCCGGACAAGAGUCCCUUCUCCGUUAGAGACUUCGGUGGCUGUUAAAACAAUUCGAUCCCCCAGUUCCAUCUUAUCAAUCUUUUUUGUUUUUGGUUUUCCUCUUUCCAUAAUUAAUUGAUCUAUUAAGAAAAUACAUCUAUCAUCAUCGUCAUCAUCAUCAUCCCAAGAAACGUAGCAUUACAUUAGCUAGCCUUAUGAGGUCUGUUGUAAUUGUAUAGUACAUUGUUUUGCUUCCAUCUUUUGCCUUUUAUGUACUAAAGGUUUUGUACUUUAGUAUAUACUUCUAAAAUAAUAUGGAAACAUGUUUAGAGAGAGAAUUAUUAUA